UUCCCUUUUUUCCCCACUCACUUGGACCCAGUAGCCUAAUGAUCCUUAACUAAUCCUAAAAUAGCCGACAGCCUUCUCCUCUUCUUACAGCUGCUAUUUGGGGAAAGAUAGCAGUCUCUGGGGAAAAAAACGACACAAAACUUCAAGAGCUAGUUUUAUACUAUUGGAAACACUUGACUUUUAAAAGUUCGGUAAAGCUCAAAUAAUAGAAUAAAAACGCUGAAAAGAAUCGCGCGAAUCGAAAGUACAAGAAGGCCGCAGAGGGAAAAGUUAGGAUCCGCGUCAUCGCCUGCGCGACUGAACCGACCUGCGAGCCACCGGGAGAGGAAUAUUAGCAUGGCCCGUCCCGCAGAUCUGGAGCACUAUAAGGCCGCUAUGGUGCUGAGCGGAGUUGGGGAUGCUCUGGGUUACAGGAAUCAGUUGUGGGAAUACAACGAGUCUGGUCCAGCCAUCCAUCAGGAACUACAGGAGCUUGGAGGACUAAAAAACAUCACAGUUCAACUUCCUGAUUGGCCAGUCAGUGAUGAUACAGUCCUCCACCUGGCUACCGCUGAAGCUUUAGCCACAGGAAAGGAAGGAGAGGACCUGCUUCAUGAGGUGGCAUCUCGUUAUGUGGAGGGUAUGAAAGACAUGGAGGGGAGGAAACCGGGACCAUCGAGCAUCCUAGGUGUGUCUCAGUUACGUCCAGGUACCGAAGGGGGCUACAGAAUAGCUUACAAUCCAGAAGGAACAGGAUGUGGCGCUGCCAUGAGAUCCAUGUGCAUCGGUUUGAGAUACCCUCGACCGGAGCAACUCUCCUCUUUGGUCAGAGUCGCCAUGGAGACUGGCAGAAUGACCCACACUCAUCCAACUGGAUUCCUUGGUGCUGUUGCUUCUGCACUGUUCACAGCGUAUGCCAUUCAGCGCCGUCCUAUUACAACGUGGGGUCUGGGUUUAGUCAAGGAGGCCUGUCCAAUAGCAAAGGAGCUGGUAAGGUUGGCAGGAUACGCUAUUCCUGAGACAGAAAGAGACUGGGGUUACUUCACGGAGAAAUGGGAAUGGUAUCUUGAAUUGAGGGGUUUGUCAUUAGGAACUGGUCCAGUGGUGUUUCCUGCGCGAUAUGGACCGGCUGAACGUGACGAGGCAUAUAAGAGCUUCAGUCUUUCUGGAUGGGCAGGGCGAAGUGGUCACGAUGCACCUAUGAUAGCUCUGGAUGCUCUACUGGGGGCGGGGUCAAACUGGGAGGAGUUAAUGAGCCGUGCGGGUUUUCAUGGAGGAGACAGCGACAGUACAGCGGUUAUAGCGUGUUGUUGUUGGGGUCUAAUGUACGGGAUGGACGGAGUGCCUGAGUGUAAUUUCACCAACCUAGAGUACAGGGACAGGCUGGAGAACAGCGCUGAGAAACUUUACUCACUAUCACACUAAACAUGUGUUAUGCCAUUGACUGAUAAGACAAAAUGGCAAAUCGAUAACUUAAAACGGAAACUGACUUAACCACAUAGUUAUCAGCACAUAUAUCAUGUGCUGAUAACCAUGUUAUCAGCACAUGAAUGAAUAGAAACAUAUGGGAUAUCCUAUAGCUUGCUGGCUAGGAAAUCCUAGCUAGCAAACUACACACAUCAUAUUUAUCAGUUUAUGUUAAAUUGUGUUAAAUAGUUGUAUGUAAAUUAUUUAAACUAGUUAAAAAUCAUAACCUGCUAAUAAAUUGUGUUUUUAUUAACUUCU